UUGGAUCACGAGAUCUGCCUAUACAUAAGUUGUAUCCCUGCAGAACACAGUUCUAAACAUGCAUCACAGAUACGGGUAAUGAUGGAGUAUUCAUGGAGGAGAGAGAUGCUACUUUUUCUGGGUUUAAGCCUACUGCUGUGUUUUUCUACUUCACUACUACUGGCACAUGCAGCAGCCACGCAGAUCACCUAUGACAAUGGCCAACUUCUGAUCAAUGGAGAACCCAGAAUUCUGAUUUCUGGUUCCAUCCACUACCCACGUAGCACUGCGGAGAUGUGGCCAGACCUUAUUCAGAAAGCAAAGGAGGGUGGACUCGAUGUAAUUGAGACUUACAUUUUUUGGGAUGUCCAUGAGCCCCAUCGCCGCGAGUACAAUUUCGAGGGAAACGUCAAUUUUGUCAAAUUCUUCAAGAUAGUUCAAGAAGCAGGGUUAUACGGCAUUCUUCGCAUCGGUCCUUAUGUCUGUGCAGAAUGGAACUAUGGAGGACUACCAAUGUGGUUGCAUAAUAUACCUGGAAUUGAAUUCAGGACAGAUAAUCAAGCUUACAAGGACGAGAUGCAAAUCUUCACCACCAAAAUUGUUGACAUGGCUAAACAGGCAAACCUGUUUGCUCCACAAGGAGGACCGAUAAUCCUUGCACAGAUUGAGAACGAAUAUGGUGAUGUCAUGGGACCUUAUGGAGAGGCGGGGGUAAGGUAUAUGCAAUGGUCCGCAAAGAUGGCUGAAUCCCAAAAUAUUGGCAUUCCAUGGAUCAUGUGUCAACAGGAGAAUGCACCACAGCCAAUGAUAAACACAGAAAAUGGAUUUUACGGCAAAUGGGAUUGGAAGCCAAACAACCCAAAAAGUCCUAAAAUGUGGACUGAGAACUGGAUUGCCUCGUUCAGGAGCUGGGGCCUACCAGCCCGCCAUAGAGCUGCUGAAGAUGUGGCUUAUGCAGUUGCCCGUUUCUUCCAAAAUGGUGGUGUUCUCCAAAACUACUAUAUGUACCAUGGAGGAACCAAUUUUGGUCGUACAGCAGGCGGCCCGUAUAUCGCAACCACUUAUGAUUAUGAUGCACCACUCGAUGAAUAUGGGAUUUUGAAUCAACCAAAGUGGGGACACCUAAAGCAACUUCAUGAAGCUAUCAAAUCAGCUGAGAAGAUUCUCGCUAAGCUGUCAUCUACACACAAGGACAUCCAAAACAAUGUUACGCUGACUACAUUCAUGAACAACUCUACUAGAAAAUCAUUCUGCUUCUUGAGCAACAUUGAUCCUAAACUAGAUGUGAAUGCUGACUUGGGAAAGAAUGGAAAGUAUUUCCUGCCUGCUUGGUCUGUUAGCCUUCUUUCUGAUUGCAACAAAGAGAUCUACAACACUGCUAAGGUCAGCACACAGACAUACCUGAAGACAAACAAGCCAAGCAAUGUUGACACUCAAUUCAAUUGGGAAUGGAAGGCAGAGCCCUUGAAUGAUGCCCUCAAUGGAAUGGGAUCGUCUACUGCAAACAAGCUUCUCGAGCAGAAAGCAACCACUGUUGAUGCUAGUGACUACCUGUGGUACAUGACUAGUGUGAACAUUGAUAAUUCUUUCGGUAAAAAGGCAAUCCUGCAUGUGAAUACAACAGGACAUGUACUUCAUGCUUAUGUCAACAAGAAAAGGAUAGGAUCUGACUGGAGUAGUGAUGGAAAAGGUUUCGUGUUUGAGAAACCAGUCACAUUGAAGGAAGGCAUUAAUCAUUUAUCUUUAUUGAGUGCUACAGUUGGAUAUAAGAAUUACGGUUCAUUUUAUGAUAUGGUACCCAAUGGAAUAGUUGGUGGUCCAGUUCAGUUGAUCGGAAAUGGUAAUGUUACUAAGGACCUAUCAUCAAAUGAAUGGUCCUAUAAGAUUGGUUUGAAUGGUGAGCAUGAGAAAUUCUACGAUGAUAAACUGUCCCAAAACCAAAUAUGGUCCUUAGAAGCGCUUCCCUUGAAGAAGCCCAUGACGUGGUAUAAGACCACCUUCAAGGCUCCUUCAGGUAGUGAUCCUGUGGUGGUAGAUUUGUUGGGUAUGGGUAAGGGACAUGCCUGGGCGAACGGACAAGGCAUUGGAAGAUUCUGGCCAACCAUGAUUGCGAAAGCCCCCCAGGGUACUGAAUGCUCUGAUACAUGCGACUACCGUGGACAAUUCCAUGAUACAAAUUGCAUGCCUGACUGUGGCCUUCCUUCUCAAAGAUGGUACCAUGUCCCACGAUCAUUCUUGAAUAACGGGGAUAAUACAUUGAUCUUGUUCGAAGAAAUGGGUGGCAACCCCACACAAAUUAAUUUCAAGACAGUCACGGUAGGAAAGGUAUGUGGGAACGCAUUGGAGGGGAGCAUCUUAGAACUCUCAUGCAAAGGUAGCAAAAUCUCUGAUGUCGAAUUUGCGACCUUCGGUGAUCACCAAGGUAAAUGUGGAUCGUUCAAGAAAGGUAGCAGCGAUGCUCCGGACACUCUGUCCGUAUUGCUGAAAGCGUGCUUAGGAAAGGUGUCUUGUUCGAUAAAUGUUUCAGCAGCGACCUUUGGAUUGAGCAGCUCUAACUCAGCCACCACCCCCAAGAGGUUGGCUGUGCAAGCUGUUUGCUAGAGAGAGAUAUUUUAGCCCAAUUACUCUCACCCUCCUUUUUUGAGAAUCAGCAAUGUUAAGACUAUUUUCUCUGGCCAUGAUGAUAUAUUGAAAUGUUUUCAAAGCUAUUUGAAUGUUCAGAGGGAUUCUAAAAUUUUCAUGAGCCUAUUGCAUGUCCACAUAAAUUUUGUUCAUGAUGUUCCUUA